AUGUUGAAGGCGGGAUUCAUCAGGCAGCCCGAUAUGUCGAGUGAUUAUAGAAAUCUCAACGAAGCUACUCCAAAUGAGUAUCCUAUGCCAAUGGCUGACAUGUUAAUUGACGGAGCAGCUCAUAACCAAAUUUUAUCUUUCAUGUAUGGUAACUUAGGGUAUAACCAGAUUAUGGUUGCAGAAAAAGACAUCCAUAGAACAACAUUCAGAUGUCCAGGAGCAAUAGGGACAUAUGAAUACAUUGUCAUGCCAUUCAGGCUAAAAAACGCAGGGGCCAUAUAUCAAAGAGCGAUGAAUGCUAUAUUCCACGACAUGAUCGGACAUACCCUUGAAGAGAAAGCCGCACAUGUUGAGGACCUCCGCAAGGUUUUCAUCAGAAUGAGACAACAUCAUCUGAAGAUGAAUCCAAAGAAAUACACAUUCAGUGUCCAGGAUGGUAAUUUCAUGGGUUUUCUGGUACAUCAUAGAGGCAUUGAAGUAGACAAGAAUAAAGCUAAGGCAAUCAUCGAUGCCCUAGUCUCUUGA